UUUUUUUCUUUCUCUUUUUCUUUUAUCCCUCCUUCCCCUUCUCUCUCUUUCUCUUUCCCUUUCCCUUUCUCUUUCUCUUUAUUUUCUCAUAAUAGAUUAUUGAUAAUAAUAAAUUAUGAGAAAUAACCUUUCCUUCUCAUUUGAUGAAUAUACCAACAAUGACAGUGAUUCUAAUAAAAUGCAAAGAAAUACAGAUUUAAUACCUUCAACAGCAAGUAACAAUGAAUCAUUCGUCAACAAUACCAAUCGGCAAGGAACAACAAUGCAAACCACAGAGUCUGAUCAAAGCAAUAGAAUAGAGCAAACAAGUACAUUACCAGAUCAUUCACCAGAAACAGUAUCAUGGAACCUGUCUAAAAUAGUUCAACAAUAUGGCUCACAGCCUGAAAUACUAGAGCUUAUUCUUUUAAGCAAAAUAGAGGAAGACCGUCGAAGAGCAGAGGAAGCAAAACUUAAGCAAAAAGAAUUGGACUAUCUGAUAUCUAACGGAAGCAUAUGUUCUUCUAGCAGUAAUAUUGGUGAAGACACUGCAUGUACAAACAAUAAUAGUCGCUCAAGGCUAAGUGAUCCAACAGAUGCCCUUGCAUUUUACCAUGCACGUUUUAACGAUGGGAUGCGAAGACAAUCCAGUGAUACUGCCCUUCAUACUAAAAAGGAUUAUUUUUCAUUAUCUCAGACACGCCAGCUUCAUUUUCCUGAUUCGGUCAAGAAAAAGCAUAAAAAUGACAUUUACCCUCAGACCAGUCCUUAUGCUUCCGUCAAUAAUAAUCUUCAAUUACAGCCGCUAGAGCAGCUAAACAUCGCACGUAGAUACUCACAAGGUGGUUCUUCUGGCCCAUACCGGAGACCACUCUCAUUUUCAGAGCAAGGUUCUUCCCAGACUAAGAUCCAUACGAGAAGCAGUAGAAGUAGUAGCAACAGCAGUAGUAGCAGUAGCAGUAAUGCCUUGAAUGUCAGCUCCAAUCUUUUUAACCCCACUUAUACCCAAGCUUUUCCUUCUGAUUUUCGUCAAGAGAAGACAUUGGCAACCACUGAAUCGAUUAAGGCUAUGGAUAAAAUGCCUGAUAAUACCAAUCAAGAACUAGCAAUAAUAAAUCCAAAUAUGCUACCCAUCGAUCUCAAGGGCAAACAAGUGGAAGGUCACCGUCGAGAACAGAGCAGCCAUAGUCAGUUAUCAGAAACACAACAUGCAGUAAACAGCCUAAGUAUCGCUGAACAACCAUUUGUCGAAAAAAGCGAGGCUCAUUCGGAAGGUGUAACUGCCUCUCAUGAACUGCUCCAUGGAAGUACAUCCCUAGCGACAAACAACACGAUAGACCUUCACAGAAACUUAAAACUACCAUUACCGCCUCACCCACAGGCAAAUCAGACUACAAUUGACCUGCUCAGUCGAACAAGGCGAAAGAAACGAGAGAUGCAACCAAUCACAAUGAUUAUCGAAACACGAGAGUUCCCCUACAAGGACCAGUAUGAAUGGAAAAAUAAUGGAAAUACAGUGAAUAAGAACUCGGGUCGAAGAAGUAUUUACUAUAAAUGUUCAAAUAGCAAACUGGGAUGCUCGGUGAAUAAAACGGUGACGUUCAAGGAGAAUGGAGAGUAUCUAAUAAAAUACCGGGGAAACCAUAUUGACGCAUGCAAAAAGGCAAACUCGUAGGCGCGUCUCCUUUUUUGUUUUUGUUUGUCAUCGUUUCUAUGGCUCUCUCUCAAUCUCUUUUUAUUGUGUUGUAAAUAUGAAAAUGUAAUUUAGUACUCUAUAAAUAAAACUAUGGACACAAUCCUUUGUAUAGAUAAUAUUAAAAGGAUGACAGGCUUGGCUAAACGGGA